AUGGACCGCGACCGCGAUGGCCGGAGCCGCAGGUAUGACGACGGUGAAGUCGUUAGAUAUGGAGCCGGAGAGUCUUGGAGACCAACCCCGCGGGAACGAUCGCCCAGAAGACCGAGGAGCCCAGUGAGAGAUAGAGCAAGAAGCCCGCCGCGUACUAGAAGUCCUCGCCCUCGAAGCCCUAUAAUUCCAGGAUCUGAUAGCUAUGUGCCUGGGAGAUAUCCGCCGCGUAGGCGCUCUCGGAGUAUAAACGAUCGAUACCGGCGCGAUCGAUCCAGAGACCGCGAAAGCCCCCGAAGGCGCGAGAGAAGCCGAUCUCCCAUGAGAAGAUCACCACUGCCCCGCCGGAGCCCACCUAGAAGAGAGUCGCCAGCAAGAGAUAACAGAUACGACCGACCACGAUCUCCGCGCCGGGAUUGGGAGCGUGAUAGGCCCAGAGAUAUAGACCGUGAUCGAGAUUGGGACCGUGAAAGAAAUCGACCUAGGGAAUGGGAGCGAGAUAUCGAGAGGCGCGAUGAUAGGAGAUCACGCUCUCCCUUCGCUCGAGAUCGCCGUCGCGAGAGGACGCCGCUAGGGAAAACAACGCCUAUUGCUGUCCGUGGUGGUAUUUACAGGCCUCGUUCGAGGUCACCCAAUCGACGAGAUGACAGAUAUCAUUCAUAUAAGCGACACUCGCCGAUGCGAGAACCGGGGCCCGCGUCUGCACUACCAUCUCGACCUGCAUCAGAGAGAGCGGAUUCUCAGUCACAGUCGGCCAAAACUCGUUCCCCCACCACAUUGGAAGGCUCCCCUCCUCACCGUGCUGCGACACCGGCUGCAGCUGUCAAAGACAUCCAGCGACCCAUUGCAAACGAAACUGCCUCUGGCCCUUCAAAAUCCCCGCCACGUGGCCCUGCAGCAUUACGGGCACCACCCAGUGGACCUGCUGCUGCUCGUGCAACUUCAACUUCAGCAACGAUGCCUAUUCCUCAGACGCAACGAAUUCCCCAAACACCAAAUGCGAUGCCGCCUCACAGAACAGACACUACAAGUCCAACGAACCCGCCUUCAGGGCCCCGAGGCUACAUCCCAUUAAACAGGGGGGCUUCUUUCUCAUCCCGUGGCGGGAGGGGAGGUUGGAAUUCAGUACCAUCUCGCCAUUUAUCUGGCCCACCACCAGUGUCAGCUGCGACAAGUGGUCCUUCUAAUAUUCCCACAGGCCCUCGAGCAACUGCUUCAAAUGGGGCCGGCGCAGGGAUACCUCCUACUCAACGACCUUUCAAUCCACCCACGGGGCCCUCAGCUCAGCAUGGCAGCGGGCAAAGACAGAGCCUUGCUCAAAGCUUGUUAGCGACGAUGCCCCCCCUUGUUCCCGGUGGGAAAACAGAUCCGACUAUGACACCCCUAAUACUUGGUGUCACGAAAGAGAUCGAAGGUCAUUAUAGGAAGCUGAAAGACGAAGAGGAAAAAAUACGGGAGGAGCUACGUCUCAAGCAAGAGCGGCUCCGAAAGAGUCUCUAUUCGUGGUCUAGACUUGAGCGAGAUGCCAGGGCGUGGGAGAUGAGAAGUGACCUGAGCGAGAAGAGCAUGAAGAAUUUGGCUGGUGAAGGCGUUGGCGGUGCAGCCUUUUAG